AGAUAAAGAAAAGAGAAUAAGGUAGAGGGCGACAGGGGUGAUCCAUAGGGACGAAGGGAGGAAGAAAGGGAGCGAACUCAUUCAUUUCCACGUCGUGCCCUGUGUCCCGUGCGGGCUCGCUGUGCCGCGCCGGGGCUCGUCAGUGGACUAAGUCUCGCGCAGGCUUGGAGCACAUCGCACGCUGCCACAUUCUUCCACACGGCGAGAUUUCGCGCCAGUGGCGGUCCGUUUCGCGCUCCUCCAAGCAAACGACAGUCGAAGGUCCAGCGGAGCAUCACGGGCACCGAGUUCGCCGAGGAGCCACGCGAAAGACGCGCCGCAUCUCCCGCCACACACACACACACACACACACACACACAGACACCAGGCAAGGACCAUGGAGAGCGCAGGCAACGGCUCGGACGCGGGUUACCGGAGCCAACUCCCCGUGCUCUUCAACAGCAGCAGCCUCUGUGUGAACUUCACCGGCGGCAACAACAACACCUCGCGCUUGGCGGAGGUGGGAUGCGACAGGGAGAGCGCACUGACCGGCCGCUUGGACGAAGACGACGCCAACCCGGUCAUCAUAGCGAUUGUUAUCACUGCCCUCUAUUCCAUAGUGUGCGCGGUGGGGCUGGUUGGAAACGUGCUGGUUAUGUACAUCAUCGUCAGGUACACUAAAAUGAAGACAGCCACCAACAUCUAUAUCUUUAAUCUGGCUCUGGCUGACGCCCUGGUCACCAGCACGCUACCGUUCCAAAGCGUCAACUAUCUGAUGGGGACCUGGCCGUUUGGGGACAUGCUCUGCAAGAUGGCGAUGUCCAUCGACUACUACAACAUGUUCACCUCUAUCUUCACUCUCACCACCAUGAGCAUCGACCGCUAUGUUGCUGUGUGCCACCCCGUCAAAGCGCUGGACUUCAGGACACCCCGCAACGCCAAGAUUGUCAAUGUCUGCAACUGGAUUCUCUCCUCCGCCAUUGGGUUGCCCGUUAUGUUCAUGGCCUCCACUGCUGCCACUUCCUCCAAUAUUGUUGACUGCAAGCUGAUUUUCCCCCACCCAUCCUGGUACUGGGACACCCUGCUGAAGAUCUGUGUGUUCAUCUUUGCCUUCAUCAUGCCUGUCCUCAUCAUCACCGUCUGCUACGGCCUCAUGAUCCUGCGGCUCAAGAGUGUGCGCAUGCUGUCCGGGUCCCAGGAGAAGGACAGGAACCUGCGUCGGAUCACGCGCAUGGUCCUGGUGGUGGUCGCUGUCUUCAUUGUCUGCUGGACACCCAUUCACAUCUUUGUCAUCAUCACAACUCUCAUCGACAUCCCCAGCUCCACGCUCCAGACUAUCACCUGGCACUUCUGCAUCGCCCUGGGCUACACCAACAGCAGUCUGAACCCGGUUCUUUACGGCUACCUGGAUGAAAACUUCAAGCGUUGUUUCCGUGAGUUCUGCACCCCGAGUCCCUCCGUGCUGGAGAUACAGAACUCGUCCCGGACCGGAGCCACUAGCCGCAAGCUCCCACAGCGGGAUCACAACAGUGCAAACACUGGAGAAAGGUCCAAUCAACAGGUAUGACUAGCCUUGGAGGGGUCGUCGGUGGACUCUCGCUGUUGUGACGAUCUCAACUCUGAGGUCACACAGGUCACCACAGGGCUCUGACCUCACACACACACGCACACACGCACACACACACACACACACACACACAGGGCAGAAGUCUCUUACUUAAACAGAUACGUACAUGGGUCAAACUAGACAAGAAAUAGUCUAUGACCUCCUAAUUGAAGAAGCUGUUAAAUUGUACAUUAAAUCUACUAAAACUUUACACAUUUUUGGGAUUAUCAUUGUUACCAAAAUGUAGACUAUUCAAUUCAAUUUCAAUUCAAUUUUAAUUGUAUAGCGCCAAAUCACAACGCACUGUACACUAUCUCCAGGCACUUUACCAAGUAAGGUCCACUCUAGACAGAAUACAGUAUGUGCAGUACACAUGGACACAUUGACUGAUCUAUAAAAGCCGUGUUCACAAGCCCCUAAUGUGAUGAUGUUCUGUUCUGCCUGCAGUGCUGCCUCAUUGAACUAAUCGUCGUGUCACAACCUUCAUCUUAUCAUUUAUUCUCUUGACUGUUUUUGUCUUACGUUUGCUGAUUUGUCUUUCCUGACAGUUUUCUUUCUUAACCAUUCGCACAUGUGACAGGACAAAGGUUAUAAAGGCUCUGUGACUCUCACACAAAGGCAUAAGAGGACAAAAGGGACUUUCAUAGACACUCCAACUGUGCUUUUCAUCCUUCUUUUAUAAGGAUGCAACUAUUCUCCAUUGACUUAUCUGCAUGGCACCAUUCUUGUCUUGACCACUUCAAGAGGAUUGACAGAGUACAACUGUGCUCUCUCUUCUCAACCCACCUAACCCGUCAUUUACUGUCCUCUCUGUCUGCAUCCUUUCCGUUAAUUUCCUUUCCCUUCUACUUUGUCUCUGUAAAUACGUUCUCUACCCGGUUGCUGGACUUGCCAGCAAGUUGACAGACAGUAGAGCAUUGAAUGUUCCUCUCUGUUGAAUUUUCUGAAUGUACAUAAAAGAGACCAGUUGUGUUUUUCACUCUGGAUCCUUGCGCUGAACUGUGGAUCCUCAAACCAGCAAAGAAGGCACAUCAGCCCAUUUGCACAGCGGACACAGCGUCCUGUUGUGGCAUAUAGUAUGGACAUAUGGUUCCAUCAGUGUAACGACGCCUUAACAGCCAUUGCUGCGGAUGAGGGGUUUUAAUGAAGUAAUUCCUUCUCUGAAAAAUGACUCAGAUGAGCCAGGCAGGAUUGUAUUUUGUUAUAUUUAGAAUUGCUCGUGCUUAUGUGUUGUGCUGUAUGCUCUACUUGUCAGUUGCCUUUUUGGGAGCUUGAUAUCCUCUGCACCAGUAUCUUUUUUCUAAAGGUCUGUGAAGAUUUCAAUUUUAAAUUGGCAGAAAGUGGACCAGAAUGUCAUUCUGCUUCUGAAUAUAAAUAUUGUCAAUAUCAAAUCUGCCCUGUUAACUGAAGAGGUAUAUGUUAAUCAGAGGACAAUGUGUAUAAAAACUUAAAUUGUGAAUAUGAAAAUGUAUACCAAGUUGAACCUUGAUAACUGUUUCACACCCAUCAUAAGUGUCAGGUUUUUCAGUUAAUUAUUAACAACACAAAGUAGAUGGUUAUUAUUUCAAGUCAGCCACCAGCUACAAUGACAAAAUAAAGAAAUAUUGUCCAAAUUGUCUUCUGAUUUAAAAAUGACUUAUCACAAACAUAGCAGCAGGACUUCUAUCAAGUCAAUGCAUCACGUGUGCAGAGGAAAAUAACAUGGUGUACUGGUAUGGAGGGAAGAAACAACGAUGCUUCAUCAUCUUCCCACACUUUGAUGCUGUAGGCUACAUAAACUUAUGAAUCAAGUUUUCUGUAGAUUUAUGAGGCAGCGAGCUCAUACAGCUACAGUGAGCCCAAAGACUUCUGUCAGUAACUACAAGCUACAUACACUGUCUAACAAAAGGUGACAUUUGGCAUUCAUGUGCUAUGUAUAAUUCAGUGUCACAAUAUGCUCUUUGAGGUAAAUUUAUAUAAAAUGAAUCCAAUGCUAUCAUUGAUCCAGUGUACUCAUAUAAUUUGCUUGUUUACAUGACUUAUGCCUCAACCAUGACUUUUUGAAAUGGCCUUUUCUUGUCUAUCUAAUGUACAGUAAUAAGUAAUUUGUAUUUCAUGACUUGCAUGCUGUAACACGUCAUAUAUAAUUUAACAUAUACUACAUAUAACUGUUCAUCAGUGCAUUGUCUGUGGAAUAAAAUGUCAUUCUAGAUUUAA